GUACCUAGCAACGUCAGAUGGGGUGGGGGAGGUGUGGCGCAGGCAAGGAGGUGCGUCACCAGCUUACUUACAGCAGCUCUAGCUAGGUACCUCCUACCUAGGUAUCUACUAAGAAGACGCCUCUGAUGCCUGAAGUUGCCCCUCCUCCUCCUCCUCCUCCGCAGGCAACUUCAUAUGCUAGGCCGUCAUUCCAUACAUCAGCCUACCAAGGUACCAACCUGCAUAGCUGCGACUUUGAACAUUCACCACCUCUCCCCCCAUCUUCGACCACAACCCAACUUCCACCAUUCGGCAUAUCAGCAAUCGAUCCCAAUUUAAACUUUCAUUUGGCCAAUUUAUCCAACAUCCAACAUGAUGUCCGCUUCUCCUGAUGCGGGAAAGCCCAAGGAUCACUCGACCUCACAAGAAACCGCGCCCGAGUCUCCAACUACUGUGCGUCCCUUCGAUAUGGAUGACGAUGAUGUUCCCGAGACUGGCGGGCUCAACAACUCUGCCACAGCUACACCUUCAGCUACAGCGGCGCCAUCUAUACCUUCCGACGAGGCCCCCCCUACACAGCCGCCACGCCCUCUCACGACCCAGCAGAAAAAUGAACAGAUCCUCAAGGAGGCUUUUCCAAGCAUAGAUGUAACUGUUAUCAAGGCUGUCCUCGCUGCGAGCGGUGGCCAGAUUGACCCUGCCUUUAAUGCGCUCCUUGGCAUGAGUGACCCUGAUGCUGUUCAAAAUGAACCUCCAAGGGAGGCUGCUCCUCCACCAAAACCGCCGCGCCCAGCUAAUCGGACUGCUCUCACUCAAAUGGAAGCAGAUGAACUCUACGCUCGUCAACUCGCCGAGCAUUAUGACAACGUUGGUGCCUAUGAGGCAAGGACUAUGAAUCGGGGUCCUGGCGGCCAACCACGCCGUCAAGCGACAGGGUUGAAGCCCAACGAGAUGUAUGAUCGCGAACAUAACUUUAUCGACGACGACCUACCAGUUAUUACGGAAAACAUUCGCAAAGGAUUUCUAGAGACUCAGACUAAAGUCAACUCAUGGUUCACCAAUUUGAAGAAAAAGAUCGACGGAGAAUAUGAUUCAGAUGAAGAUGAAACACAACCCUCAAAACACCAUCCUCAUGGUGGGUCAGGUAGAAGAAGCGGAGAGGGUAGCCGUCAAAGUACCGACUAUCACCGCUACGAUGCUGAUCCACAAGUUCUGAGUGAUGAUUUUGCCGGAAUGAGGCUGAACCCAGAUGGCACACCAUCAGGCCAAAGCUCUAGCAAUCCAAAUUUGAACAAGCCACUUCCAAAUGCCACUAAGCCAGAUGGUCGGAAGGUUGCCUUUAGAGACACUGUGGAAGACAUCGGUUUAUAUGACGCCUCCCCGAAGCUGCCUCCAAAGGAAGGUACUACGAGCCCACCUGCCAGUAAGCAGAGCAAGUGGCAGCCGUUAUCGACGGUUGAACCUAGUCCAAUCGUCGAGAAUGAUCCCUUCAGCUUAGGAGAUAGUGAGGAUGAAAAAGAAUCGAAGGGUGGGAGCAGGGAGAUAAAGCUGGAAGAUAGUGAGAGAGUGAAAGCAGCAACGGCUGACGCCAUGCAAGAUACCCUUCUCAGUCCAUCUGCCAAGGGCACCGACGGAAAGAAAGAGUAGUAUAGAUAUUUGGUGAAUGAAAAUUGAUUCCAGCUGGCGGAUAUGUCUUUGCUGCCCAAGAUGAGUGCUCAAGCUCAGAUAAUCUGCCCUACAACAGUGCGUGCAGAAGUUUCACCGUAACUACACCCAGGAUUGGGAAAAAUACUAAUUAGUACAGGGUUUAGUAUUGGGAUUAGUACUACUUUAUCCUUUAAUAACUAUUAACUUUAAAAAUAUAAAAAAUAACUAUUGAAAUCCUUCGAA